AUGAGAACUUAUACAUUGAUUUCCUUGCUAAUUUUUGUUUCCUCUGUUUUAUCUUGCACUAAUUUCUCUGAUUCCUUUUCUUCCUGUGUAUAUACAUAUUGCUAAUAAGAUUUGAAUUGUUAUAAUUAAGCAAUAUGGUAGUUAGAAUGUGGAGUUAAUAAAUGUUAAACUAUUAAUGAUGCUACUUUAUGGUAUAACUGCUUAGUGUAAUCUUUUUCUUAAACAUGCUAAGUAAGCUACGGUGUUGCUAAUGACGCUAGAGACUAUUGCCUAAAUUCCUAUGAUUUCAGUCAAGACUGCACAAAUGUAACUGAUGGUGGCUCAUAACCAGGUUCAGGUAGAAAUGUUGUUGUAAUUACAACUGGCAGUAAUAAGCUUUUCAUGAGUUUAACUUUAAUGACAAUAUUAAUUUUUUUAUUUGCUUGA